AUGGGCUUGGCAUACAACGUUUACCUCAACUGCAAGCGAAUCUACGGCUGCAAGACUUGCAAGACCCAUCUGGCCGACCACGAUGACAUAGUGAGCAGAGUACGUCCCACGAAUUGCAACUCGUUUUGGCUUCCACCAAGCUUACGUUUGCAGAACUUCCGAGGCCAACACGGCAAGGCUUUCCUGUUCAACAGCGUCGUCAACAUUGUUGCCGGCGAGGCUGGCGAGCGCAACAUGACCACCGGCAGACACAUCGUGCGAGACAUUACCUGCAGACAAUGUAAAGAGACUGUCGGCUGGAAGUAUGACAAGGCCUACGAAAACGCCGAGAAGUACAAGGAGGGCAAAUACAUCCUCGAAGCAGAACUGCUAUGCAGCGUCAAUUGA